AUGGAAGUGGCGAGAACCGCUUUAUUAUUGUUUAACUUCUUCCAACCAUGUUUGAUGCUAACCGAACCAGUACUGUACCAGCGAAUGAAAGACUAUAUGGGAGGCAUGGACGAGAGGGUACGGGACACAUGGAGACCGGUGAUUGGCUAACUAUUGGAGAGAGACAAAACUACACAACUCAAACCAGGAAUCAUAUUCGAAGCUGCAGAGACAGGAACGCUCUUGCUAUUGGAGGACCUUUUAAACGCCACCAACGUCAAUGCCAUACAUUUAGCCAAUGGGACACUGUUACAAGUUGCUACCAAACACGGGCAGCUAUCAGUCAUUAAGCUCCUCUUCCGCUGUGGGGCCAUGCUGGAUGUGAGGGACGGCGAGGGUUGGACACCCCUGCACAGGGCAGCCUUCAGGGGUAAGGUAGCCGGGGCCCUAAUCAAGGCUGGGGCCCCCAUCUACGCCCUGGAUAAACACUCUAUGACUGCCCUCCUCCUGGCUGCCAAGAAUGACCACCUUAGUAUAGACAGAGCCCUAGUGGAGGAAGAGAGAGAAGGAACCAGCAAGAGCUCAAAAAAUCUGACCCAGACUCAAGGGUCAUUCCUCCAUCUUGCAGCCAGGGAAGAUGACGAGAAGAUGGUUGAGGUACUCCUCCAGAGUGGGGCCCCUGUGGAUAACCAUAAGAUAACGCCCUAUUCCAUGUGUGUGUACACCCUGGUUUCUGCUCUGUUCUCUGCUGUGAGGAAGAACCUGGAUGGGGUUGUAUCUGCUCUGGUGGACAGUGGGGAAGAUGUCAACAUUGUGCACACUCCUCUGCUGAUGUCAGCUGACCUGGGACACACUGAGAAAUUCAAGUAACUGACAAUAUACUAUAAAUUCCAGUGUGGGUGCUACCCUCCCAACCUCUCCUCAGCCCAACACCUGGCUGGCCAGAGUGGGAGUGAGGUCAUAACCCAGACCCUGCUGUAGAUGGGCUCAGACCCCAGCACCCCAGGGCCUAAAGCCAAUGUGAAUGCAGCCUCCCAGGCUGGCCUAACCCCCCUCCACAUAGCCAGCCACAAUGGCCACCCAGACACAGUGAGCCAGCUCCUGGAGGACCAGGCAGACCCAGGGGCCAGAGAUAGGCAGGGCAGGACCUCCCUACAAUUGGCAGCUACCACCCAAAGAGAGGGGGCUGUGGUAGGACUACUUAUUUUAGCUGGGGCAGACCCCAAUGCCACCAACAGGGAGAAGACACAAUUACACUUGGCAGCCAUGGAGGGGAGAGCGGAUGCCGUGUCGACGCUAUUGGUGGAGAAGUCAAAGGGAGGGGCCAAAGAUAUGGACAGCUCCAACCCUUUCCACUACGCUUCGGCUAACAUGCUGACCACACCGACCAUGUUGCAUGCGUGA